AUGGCCUCAGAUUCGAGUGUAUACGACCUUGUGGUGGUGGGAAGCGGCUUUGCCGGUUCCAUGACGACUCUUAAUUUUCUAGAGGAAUGCAAGCGACAGGAUAAGAAAGGGACUGUGGCACUGAUUGAGGCUGGCCAGGAUGGGGAACGCUGUGGAGCAUCCCGCUGGACGAUGGCGUACCUCCGGCUCGACAAGGACAACCACUUUGACGACAAGUGGAAAGACGAGAUGGCUCUUGUCAGCAAUGGCCUCGCGGAUCAGGACUACUGCCGCAAGAUGGAGCAAGAAGUACCGGAUACGGCGCAGUAUCUUCUCGAUCACGGAGUGAAGCUGAACCACUACGAUGAACCAAACGUGCUAUUGGAAUUCAACACCAAACAGCACUUCGUGUCGCCCGAGGGAGGCGGUCACGCUAUUAUCAAUGCCCUAUUCAGCCACAUCCGGAAAUUUGACAAUGUGAACAUCAUCUGGGAGACAAUGGCCGAAAAAUUGCUGACUACCGAGGAAGGCGAAGUAUGUGGUGUGAAAGUGAGGAGACCGGAUGGCCCCCGAACCGAGCAUCUCGAGCUCAUCGCGCCAGGACUCAAGUACAACACGGGCCGAGGGCUCCAGAUGGCCCUCGACGUAGGAGCGGCGACGGCAGGCUCCAUGAGCGGCAUGCACUGCGAACUAGUGGACGCGCGGGCGAGUAAGCCCGAUGCCGUCAUCUGGGGCCACAACUACGGUAUCGUGGUGGACAGGGAGUGCCGACGCUUCUUCGAUGAGGGCAGGCGGCACCUCUUCGCGACUUUUGAGAUGAUCGCGCUCGAGACGUGGCGUCAUCAUGACAGCAAAGCGUACUUUGUCACCGACGCGCCCAUCAUGGAGCGCUUCCGUCCCGGAUGGGUUUAUGAGACGACGGACAGGGAGCCUGAGCAGGCAGAUACCGUCGAGGAGCUGGCUGUCAAGCUAGGGCUGGAGCCGCAGAAGCUGAAGGCCACUGUGGACGAGUUUAAUGCUGCUGUGAACAGGGACAAACCAUUCGACCUAAUGGCGCUGGAUGGGAAGGCUACUACGGGUUUGUCACUGAAUAAGACGAACUGGGCGAAUCCUGUCGAGACGCCGCCAUUCUAUGGUUAUCCCCUGAAGCCGCAGCUUACGUUUACGUACGGCGGUCUCAAGUGUGAUCUUGAUUCGCGAGUGCUGGCUACGAAUGAUGCACCGAUACCUAAUUUGUAUUGUGCGGGAGAGUUGUCGGGUCUUUUCUACAACGAGUACCCUCCCGCAACCUCAGUGCUUCGGUCUCUCACAUUCGGGCGCCUUGCUGGCACAGCUGCCGCUCGGGAAUUGUAA